AUGCAGGACGAGAUCCGCAAAGCUGAAAACGAGACGGCAGAGGCAGACAAGUCGAAGAGAAAGAAGGAAGAUGAGGAGAGACUAGUCUCCAUCUAUGAAAGCUUGAGCUUCGAUGGAUUGUGGGAUAAAUUGAGCGAGAGUCUGAGUAGGAUGGAGGAGGAUUCGAGCGCGGCGAUGAUAUUGUUGCCCUUGAUCGAGUCCCUCAUGGUCGUCUCCAAGCACGUCGCAACACCAGACGCAGCCUCAGCGCUGGAUAGUAGCGGUCGAAGCGCCAACACCUCAGUACGGGGCUCAGCCUCACCACUGGGCGCAGGCACAGACGCCAUGCGCACCUCACCACCUAAGACGCCUCGCGAGAAGAUGACAGAGAACUUCUUCACCUUCACAGAGCGGCACCGCAAGAUCCUCAACACGAUGGUUCGGGCCAACCCCUCGCUCAUGUCCGGCUCCUUUAGCCUGUUAGUUCACAAUCCCAAAGUCCUCGACUUCGACAACAAGCGCAACUACUUCACCCAACAACUCCACAAGGGCCGUAGAGAGCAUUACACUUCGCUCAACCUCAGCGUAAGAAGACAAUACGUCUUUGCGGAUUCGUUCCACUACUUUGCGCGCCAUUCGGGCCCAGAGAUCAAGCAUGGGAAGCUCAACGUGCGCUUCUACAACGAGGAAGGGGUGGAUGCCGGGGGAGUGACGAGGGAAUGGUUCCAGGUGCUGGCGAGGGCCAUGUUUAAUCCGGAUUAUGCGCUCUUUGCUCCAUGUGCUGCGGAUCGGACCACUUACCAGCCCAACAGGGCGUCAGCGGUCAAUCCGGACCAUCUCGCCUUCUUCAAGUUCGUGGGCAGAGUUAUAGGCAAGGCAAUCUACGAUGGCCGACUACUGGAUGCUUACUUCACUCGAUCCUUCUACAAGCAUAUCCUCGGCAAAGCAGUAGAUUAUCGUGACCUCGAGGCCGUAGAUCCGGAAUACUUCAAGUCCCUCGAGUGGAUGCUGCAAAAUUCGAUUACGGAUGUACUCGAUCUGACCUUCAGCGUAGACAACGAGGAGUUUGGAGAGACGCAGGUGAUCGAGCUGAAGCCGGAUGGGGCGAACAUUGCGGUAACGGACGAGAACAAACAGGAGUAUGUGAGGCUGGUGACGGAGCAGAGAUUGACUGCGUCGAUCCGCAAGCAGAUCGACGCCUUCCUCGAAGGAUUCCACGAUAUCAUCCCCACCUCGCUCAUCCGCAUCUUCUCCGAGACGGAGCUCGAGCUCCUCAUCUCUGGUCUGCCGGACAUAGACGUCGAUGAGUGGCGCAACAACACCGAGCUACACGGCUACAGCCAAGGAGACGCCGUCGUUUCAUGGUUCUGGAGGGCGGUCCGCUCCUUCGACCAGGAGACGAGGGCGAAGCUGCUGCAGUUUGUGACGGGCACCAGUAAGGUGCCAUUAGAGGGAUUCGCGCAUCUGCAAGGGGUGAGUGGCGAUCAGAGAAUGAGCGUGCAUAAGGCUCCGGGAGAGGACAGGCUACCGUCGGCGCAUACCUGCUUCAAUCAGCUGGACAUGCCGUCGUAUAGUACCUUCGAGGAGCUCAAGCGCAACCUUCUUCUCGCGGUCACCGAGGCACAAGAGGGAUUCGGCUUCGCGUGA